AUGAAAUUCUCCUUCACCCUCCUCUGCCUGUCCUCCACCACUCUCCUCGUUGACGCCCUUACAACCCGCUUUCCAUACUGCAUCCGAGGUCUAUAUUACUGCGCUAACAACCGCUCCGACUGGUGCGGUGGUGGUCCUGCAAUUGCUAUAUGUGUUGACGGCAACGACGAGUAUAAGCUUGUAGCAUGCUGUGGGACUGGCGGCUGCAAGUAUAUCGGUGAUGAUAAUGUGCCGUACUGCGUGUGAUAAGGGAUAUGGGG